AUGCAGAAACCUAGUCGAAACGGCCUAAACCGUCUAUAUACUUUGUCGGAAUUUCGUUCGCUGUGUAGCCCUCAUAACGCCGCCCAUUUGACCGAUGCUGAUCUUUAUUUGUUGCUCAAAUACCUCCACGCGCAAUGGGGAGUGGCUGUUGCGGAUAACGUCAAAGGCUAUGGAUCGUAUUAUACGGUUGUCAAAUUUCCGGAUCAGGCGGGCCAUCCUACCGCCCAGGUCACUAUUGACGAUAAUGACAAAGCAAUGAUCAGUCUGAAAACCAACUGCUGGGCUUUACAAAGCCAAGUAAAAGAAUUACAGAGCAAAAUAGAUGAGUUGACGGAUUCAUUGAAAAAGGAGUACGCUCAGCGUCACAUUCCACAGGCGCUGUAUCUACUAAAGCGAAAAAAGAAUUUACUGCAACUUUUGGAGCGUCGGAUGCAGAUUUUGGAUACCAUGGAAUCGAUGCUCUUCAGAAUUGAAAUUUCACAGGAUGAUCUACAAGUUGUGGAAGCGUUCAACGUAGGCGCCGAUACGCUUCGAAGGAUUCUGGACCAGGAAGAUCUGUCGACGGCAUCCGUGAGCGAAUCAAUGGCACGGGUGCAAGAUACGCUGCAGGAACAACAACAAGUUGAAGAUGCGCUUGUAUCCGGUGGAGAAAGUGCUUCUUAUGCCUAUCAACCUGAACUCAAGAAUGAUGAUGCGCUGCUGGACGAAUUAAAUCAAUUAGGGGAGUCGACAGAGACGAGCUCGAGCGCUGAAACCUUGCCUUUACCCAUCGAUACCGGAUCCGAAUUAGCGCGAUUAAACGAGCUGUUUGCAUCAUUAAAGACCAUCAAUACAACAUUGGCACAGCAGCACCCAACCCCGUCAAAGCGCGUGGCCGAACUUGCAUAA